AGAGACAUGGCUAGAGGAGCGCGGGGCGUCCGGGGGAGAGCGCAUUGAUGUUGCCUGCCGCCACCGCUAGCCGCUUUAACUCCCUCCCUCUGCCCCGCCACGCCAUCCACCGCGCAACCGAAGCGCGCGCAUUUACGUGGUCUGGCUCUGGGAGAUCGAUGGGGAUAGACCUGAACAGCAACGUGGAGGAGGACGGGACGGCGGUGAGCGCGGAGCUGUGGCACGCGUGCGCGGGCGCCGGGGUGGCGCUGCCGCGGCGGGGGAGCAGGGUCGUGUACCUGCCGCAGGCGCACCUCGCGGCGGGAGGCGGCGGCGGGGAGGCGCCGGUCGGGGCGGGGCACGUCCCCGUCCCCGUGCCGCCGCACCUCGUCUGCCGCGUCGUCGGCGUCGACCUAUGCGCGGAUGCGGCCACGGACGAGGUGUACGCGCGGCUCGCGCUGGUGGCGGAGGGCGAGAUGUUCAAGCAAAACUACCGUGAGGGUGGAGCAGAAGAGGGAGCCGGCGAGAGGGAGGACGGUGAUGGCGAGAAGAAGCCCCGCAUGCCGCAUAUGUUCUGCAAGACGCUCACUGCCUCUGAUACGAGCACACAUGGAGGUUUCUCCGUUCCUCGCCGGGCUGCGGAGGACUGCUUCCCGCCUUUGUUCUUCGAUUUUGUGCAGGACUACAACCAGGUCCGGCCAUCUCAAGAGCUCGUCGCCAAGGACUUGCAUGGCAUGCAAUGGAGGUUCCGCCACAUUUAUAGAGGUCAACCUCGUAGGCAUCUUCUAACAACUGGAUGGAGUUCGUUUGUCAAUAAGAAGAAACUAGUCUCGGGGGAUGCAGUCUUAUUUCUUCGAGGCGAUGACGGUGAACUAAGAUUGGGUGUAAGGAGAGCUGUUCAGCUUCGAAAUGAAGCCCUUUUUAAAGCUGUCAACAACAAUGAUUCAAAGCUGCACACACUAUCUGCUAUUGCCAGCUCUUUGGAAAACAGAAGUAUUUUCCAUGUUUGUUUUGACCCAAGGAGUGGUGCAUCAGAAUUUAUUGUGCCAUAUUGGAGAUUCUCUAAGAACCUGAACCAUCCGUUUUCCAUUGGAAUGAGAUUUAAAGUUUCCAAUGAUAGUGAUGAUGCAAAUGAGAGGUCCACUGGAUUGAUUUCAGGUAUUAGUGAAAUAGACCCCAUAAGAUGGCCUGGAUCAAAAUGGAGAUGCCUGAUGGUAAGAUGGGAUGAUACUCGUUGCAACCACCAGCGCAGAGUUUCUCCAUGGGAGAUCGAAAGAGUUGGUGGUUCCAUUUCAGUUCCUGAUUAUCUGCCAGCAACUAGUUCCAAGCGGACCAAACUGUACUAUCCUCAAGGCAAUUUGGAUGCUCGAGUUACCGAUGCAAAUGGUUGUCUGGACUCGGUGGAAACCGGAAAUUUCCACAGGGUCUUGCAAGGUCAAGAAUUGUUAAUGAGUUCUAGGACUCAGGGUGUUGGACGCUCUCAGUCGCCUGAUGCCACGAAAUUUCGGACUCCGGAUCGCAGGAGGUUCUCUGCUAAUGCUUGGAACUGCAUGUCGCAUGGUUUAGCAAGCGGUCGCUCGCAGAACACGGAGUUUCCGUACCAAUCCUCAGGCUUCGGUGAAUCUGUCAGAUUCCCAGAGGUCUUGCAAGGUCAAGAAAUGUCUCAAGCAGUUCCCUUUUACCAAGGAACCCCUUUUGACGCCCGUGGCUCAUUUGGUUAUGUGCAACGAUCAGUCGCACCCAGUGGACUGUCUUCUGGAACUCAAGGAUAUGCUCUUGGGCAGUUUACACCGUCAGCAGCCAAAGUAUCUUCUCCAUCUUCAGUUCUUAUGUUCAACCAGGCGGCAGUUCCACAGUUUGAAUUGGAUGGCAGAACCAACUACAGAGGUGGGUAUGGCAGUCAAUGUGCCCCAGGCCACCUGGAGUUGGCAAAGGAAAUAGAGACCUGGCCGAGUGUACAACGCCAAACGCCGAGCGAAAUUGGAUGCCGUCAAUCCGACACUGGAAAUGCCUUGGCCCCUGUGAACAUCGCUGAAUCAAGAUCGGCUAAUGGAGACAUUGGGAGAAGCAGCUGCAGGUUGUUUGGUUUCUCCUUGACUGAUGACAAGAUACAGGGAGCAGGUGAAGAUGGCGUGAAGGAUGGAAGCUCAAUUGAAGAAGCUGAGAGGGCCGACCCGCGUGUGCUCGACUUGUUUGGUUACACCCACCGUACUCCCAGUGCUCUGCAUGCUCUCGUUGCUGCUCCCCUGGGGAUGUGAUGCUUAUGUUAGUUUUUACUACGCCGGCUGAGUGCACAUGGGAAUGCCAUUCUGCGAGUUCUCUGCACCGGCGAUUAUCUUACUUCUAGUGGUUGAGUGGUUGAAGAAACCACAAUGUAAUCGCAACUAGGAUACUCUCAGUAAUUCUUAGAGAUCUUACUCGACAUUUUGUUGCUUGGAUCCCAGUGCUAUUGCACUAUGAUGCUGCGUGUUGCUUCUUAAA